GCCGCUGGCGUCACUUCCGGCGCUGGGAGCAAUGGGGUCUCUAUGGGGGCUGUGGGCGCUGCUAUGGGGUUUAUUUUGGGGGGUCCGCUGCCCCCCCCCGACCCCCCCACGUCCCGUCAUCGUGGUGCACGGAUUGCUGGACAGCGCGCGGGACUUCGGGCGGCUGCAGGAGUUUAUCGCUGAGAGCCACCCGGGCACCAACGUGUCGGUGCUGGACCUGUUUGACCGCGGGCAGUCGCUGCGCCCCCUAUGGGUGCAGGUGGAGGGCUUCCGGAGGGCUGUGGAGCCCAUCAUGGCCAACGCCGCGGGGGGGGUCCAUCUCAUCUGCUACAGUCAGGGGGGUCUCAUCUGCCGGGCGCUGCUGUGCACCAUGGAGCAGCACAACGUGCACAGCUUCAUCUCGUUGGCAGCCCCCCAAAUGGGGCAGUACGGAGACACGCAGUACCUGCGCUGGUUGUUCCCCCGCCACAUGAAGUCCAACCUGUACCGCCUGUGCUACACCGCGCUGGGACAGGGGGUGUCCAUCUGCAACUACUGGAACGACCCCCACCACCGGGAUCUGUACCUGAACAGCAGCGACUUCCUGGCCCCACUGAACGACGAGCGCCUGCACCCCAAUGCCUCCGCCUGGAAGCAGAACCUGCUGCGCAUCCGCAACCUCAUCCUCAUCGGGGGCCCCGACGACGGCGUCAUCACCCCAUGGCAGUCCAGGUGCGACCCCAAAAACCCCACGGCGGCCCUAAAAGCUCCAAGAGGGCCACGAGACGACCCCAAAGGGGCUCAAAUGGCCCCAAAAUGGCCCCCCAAAAGCCCCAAAUGAUCUCGAAUGGCCCCA